CACCAGCGCACGCGUCCGCGCCGCAACCGGCGAAGAAGACGGCCCUCAGCGCGCUCCAGGAAAAGUUGCUGAAGAAGCUGUCCGGCGGGCGCUUCCGGCAGCUCAACGAGGACCUCUACACGUCGUCCGGCAGCGCGAACUUCGCGCGCUUCAGCGCGGACCCCGAGCUCGCCGACGCCUACCACCGGGGCUUCCGGGAGCAGGCGCGGGGCUGGCCCGAGAACCCGCUCGACGCGAUCAUCGCGGCGCUCGCGUCCGGCCCCCGGCGCGUCGUCGCCGACUUUGGCUGCGGCGACGCGCGCCUCGCGGCGGAGCUGAACGCGACGCACGAGGUCCACUCCUUCGACCUCGUCGCGACGGCCCCGGGCGUCGUCGCGUGCAACAUCGAGCGCGUGCCGCUCGCGGCCGCGUCCGUGGACGUCGCCGUCUUCUGCCUCGCGCUCAUGGGCCCGAGCCACUGGGCGUUCCUGCGGGAGGCGCACCGCGUGCUGCGGCCGGACGGCGAGCUCCGCGUCACGGAGGUCAAGAGCCGCUUCGACGACGCCAAGGGCGGCGUCGCGGGCUUCGUCGCGGGCGCCCGGGCCCUCGGCUUCGACGAGGUCCGGCGCGACGCCAAGAACAAGAUGUUCGUCGCCUUCGUCUUCCGCAAGGCCGACCGAAAACCCGACGCCGCGAAGCUCGCGAAGGUCGGCUUCGCGUUCCGCGCGUGCCUCUACAAGAAGCGCUAAGGGCGGGUGACGU